UCAAGAACUGACGUAGCAGCCCUAAUAUUGCGGAUCUUUUCUCAUGGCGACCACUGCCAAAGUAAUGAAUAGUGAUAGUGAGCGUUUAAGCACUGUAAAAUAAAUGUAAUAUCUUGAGCAUACAUGUAAAGUUGAAUUAGAAACUUAACGAAGGACGUAUCCCAGACGGAGAUGCACCAGGCAGCGGAGGCGGGCGACGAAAUCCGUCUGCGUCGCCUUCUUGAGGAAAUGCAAAAAGACAUCAGCAAACAAGACGAAAAUGGUCUCACGCCCCUCCAUCUGGCCGCUAAGAAGACACGCCUUCGGUGCUGUCAGAUCCUCCUUGACGUCAGCCACAAGGAAAUCAAUGUAAAGGACAGAUCAGGCAACACGCCCCUGUUACUCUGCAUCUCAAAUAAGCCGGGGUCGUUCGAAACGGCUAAAUUGCUCAUUUCGGAGGGCGCUAACGUCAAUUCUUCGAACAAAGCAAAAUUAACCGCUCUACAUACUGCGGCCGAACGUGGAAACCUGGAAGUUCUUCAUCUUCUCCUGCUGCAGAAGGACAUCGCGCUGAAUUCGGAAGAUUCAGAAAGGCACACACCCCCCCACCUGGCGUCCAAGGCGGGCCACUGGAAAAUCUGCCAAGCCCUUCUGCUGGCCGGUGCGGACGUGGCAGCUUGCAAUGUCCGCGGUCUGACGCCCCUGCACAUCGCCGCAAAAAUGGGUUUCUCGACACCAAGAGGUAGAUCUGUUCCUCCGAGACGCCAGUGGGAGCACAGCCUUGCACUACGCACGGACAGGCGGGAGUCGAAACACGUUGAACUCAUCCUGCUGAUGGCCCGGGAGAGGAGUCUGGACGUGGUGCGACUGGUUAAUGUGAGGAACGAAGCUGGGAUGACGGCUCUUCAUGUAGCCAUCGCGCGAGGAGAGAGGGAUAGCUGCAGGGCGCUCUUAAAGGCCGGGGCAGAUGCCACGAUAUCCUGUGAAUCCUUAGGCCCUCCGAUCAGCAUGGCAUCUCAGAGGGGACUGCAAGACAUGUGA